AUGGGACCCCAGCUGAGGUGGAUUAGCUUUGAUGGCCUCUCCAAGGCCGUGGAGGCUUUCCUGCCAGGAACGGACGUGACCAGGAUGGGCUUGGCCCUUCAGGAGGAUGACCCUGGCGGCUGGAGUCCUGGUGACAGCUGCAUGGCGGGGGGUUGGCAGGAAAAGCCCAGUCCAGCUGGGGGCCUCGGCUGCUCAGAGCUGCCCGGAGCCCUGGCCUCGGCGGAUGCAGGAGCUUGUGCCAGCCUAGGAAGCGGAGGGACUGCGGUGCCACUGCCGGCCCUUUGGUGUGGAAGAACGGCAGUGAGCCACUCCGUGAAGGAGCGGACCAUCUCCGAGAACAGCCUCAUUAUCCUGCUGCAGGGCCUCCAGGGCCAGGUGACCACCAUGGACUUGCGGGACAAGAUCGUGGCCCGCGGCCGCAUAGACAACGUCGAUGCCUUCAUGAACAUCCGCCUGGCCAACGUCACCUACAUGGACCGCUGGGGCCACCAGGUCGAGCUGGAGGACCUCUUCGUGACGGGCCGUAAUGUCCGUUAUGUCCACGUCCCCGAUGAUGUGAACAUCACGGCGACAAUUGAGCAGCAGCUGCAGGUCAUCCACUGGGUGCGCAACUUCGGCAGCAAGGGACAAGGCCGGCGCGAAUUUCCCUCCAAAAAGUAUAAAUGAGCCUCUUCCCCAGCGAGCCCCUGUCCCCGCACAGGUUUCCCCAGAGUUCUACUGAGUCAACUGCCUGCUACCCUCCCUGUCCUGAGCCCGGAGAGAGAGUGAGCGGGGCCGGCCCAGAAACCGGUGUCUCCCACAGACACCCCCUGUCACAGCUGCCUUUCACCGGGUCCCAUCUCCUAGACUGUCUCUGGGAUCCUACUUACCUGUCCGUGGCCUUGAUCGUUUACAUCAGAAUCUGAUUUACUGAUUUAGGGACUCUGCCAAAUAGUCUUCAGCCCUCUCCCAGUGAGGAUUAUCAAGUGUACCCAGCGUGGGGCGCCUGGGUGGCUCAGUUGGUUGAGCGUCUGCCUUCAGCUCAGGUCAUGAUCCCUGGGGUCCUGGGAUCAAGCCUCACAUUGGGGCUCCCUGCUCAGCAGGGAGUCUGCUUCUCCCUCUCCCUCUGUGUACCCUUUCUCUCUGUCUCUCUCUCCGUC